AUGUUGGGGGCAUUUUACAAGAUGGAUCAAUACGUGGUCCCUCCCUACUUCGUUAACGUCUGCAGACGAGAUGGGCACAGCUCUCUAAGGGUGUCCGAGGUCACACGGGUCAUCUGUCUCCAGGCACAGAUGGGCCCAGCGUGUGUCACGGUGGGAAUGGCACUAUUUAAUGUCUGGACAUUUCUCAAUUUGUUUGCAGAGAACUAUGAAGAGGAGGAAGACGAAGAAGAUCUAGAAUCACUGGCCUCCAGUGGGCCCAGUGAGCUGCAGGAGGACGCAGGGACCGCAGGGCUGUCACAGGCACUGACGGAGCAGGGUUUCCCUCCUGGUGGUGCUGACCUGUCUGACUGCCGUGAGCCGAUCAGAAGCGCCACCUCCCUGUCUGCCGAGCCUGAGGCCGAGUCUGUUCUGGAUGGAGCGGCCCCCACGCAGGAGGCCUGUCCCCAAGGGCCUUGGAGUGGAGACUUGAGCCCCUGCGUGUCACAGGUGCAAGCUGCAAACACACAGCUGCAGCCAAGCGCCCUGGUGACUGACUGUCUGCAGCUCCAGCUGGACCAGCAGUGGGGUCGUGGCUGUGGCUUUGCCACAUGGAGCCUCCCCUGCGACCCCUGGAUCCUCGCAGCCAGCGCUGACUCUGGGCACCAGUGGCUGCUCCUCCCAGUUCUUGGAUUCCCAGGAGCCCAGCCAAGACUCCCCGCACUGGCCCAGACGGUCUCUCCCCUGCUCGCUGGCCCGAGUGCCCUGAAACCGAGGAAGAGUGAGAGAAAGUUGCUGUUCAGCAAGUGGAGAGUCACGUGCAGUUUCUCAGGCCUGCAGCUGCGGGUGCAGAGCCGCUGUAACCUCCGUCUGGUCUCGAUGGUCAAGUUGAUCAUUGACUUUGCAAGGCCAGCCAGGUCCCUGGAAUGCGCCUGCCAGGACUCAAGAGUUUUCCUUCAUUCCCAUCCUUGGGAACCUGUAGCUCCCUAGGAGCAGCCCCUGCUGUGACUCCCUCCAACCUCUGAAUGAGAACAGUUAAAAGU